GGCAGCAGCAGCAGCAGGUUGCUUCAUACGAGCCUCCGGAUCGCAGUUUCCACGUGUUUAAAGUUAUCUUCUGGUGAAACAGUCGCUCAGCAUCCUGACAGGCAGCCAAUAGGAGCUCCCGGUCGCACGAGCCCGGCACCGCGUCCUGCGCGCUCAUUGGACGAGGCGGGCGCCCGCGCACGAGCCGCUCGCGUGCAGGCAGCGUCUCUAUAAAUAGAGGCCGAGGCGCUGGAAACAGGAGCACACUGUGCGUCAGGCUGGCGAGCGGACAGAAGUCACUCCUGACAUUUGUCAUCAGUUCGAGCUCUGCCAGGAGAAGGCGGGACUCUGCACCGACUCGCUGCUGUUUGUCUGCUCCGGCCCGUCGUUCACCUGAAGAUGCCCGCCGGGACUCUGGACAGAACAUCUCCGUCGGCGGUGGCUGCCACUCCGGCCAGUGGCGAGUCCACGCCGGAGAAACCCCGGACCCUGACAGAGAGCAGGAAGUCCUCCAAACCGAUUAUGGAGAAGCGCAGACGCGCGCGCAUCAAUGAGAGCCUGGGUCAACUGAAGACGCUCAUCCUGGACGCACUCAAGAAAGAUAGCUCCAGACACUCCAAACUGGAGAAGGCGGACAUCCUGGAGAUGACUGUGAAGCACCUCAGGAACCUGCAGCGACUUCAGAUGACUGCUGCAGUGAACACGGACCCGUCGGUCCUGGGUAAAUACCGAGCCGGGUUCAGCGAGUGUGUCGGAGAAGUCACCCGUUUCCUGUCCACGUGUGAAGGCGUGGACACCGAGGUGAGAACUCGCCUCCUCGGCCACCUGGCAGCCUGCGUGACCCAGAUCAACGCCGUGAACUUCUACGGACCUCAUCUGGGCGCCCUGGGACUCGGACAGACCGGCACCCAGAUACCAGCCACCUCACCGCCACAGAUGCCCUGCAGGAGCGCCUCCCCCGUGCACGUCCCCCCCGAGGCGAUGAAGCUGUACGGCGGCUUCCAGGUCCUCCCGACGCCAAACGGACAGUUUGCCUUUCUGGUUCCCAGCGCGGCUCUCGCUCCUCUGACUGCACAACACCACGCGUCACCUGUUGCGCCCGCCGUCACCUCGGACUCUGUGUGGAGGCCGUGGUAGGAGCCGUGGCUGUGGGGAGAAGAAAAAGGACUAUCACACAAUACAACCUAUUUUUGUACAUUUUGUAAAUGUUUUUCAGAAUCUACUUGUGAGGAAUGUGUAGACACAUUUGUGUGUUUUUUAUGUGGACUUUCUAAGAGAUAUUUUUGACCUCUUUGCUUGCUGUGAUUUUCUGUUUUUGAUACGGCACCACUCAUUUUCCUCAGUGGGUCAAGAACAUCUUUGAAACGCUCUUGAGCUGCACUGUAUUUUCUGAGAUGAAUAAAAUGUUUUUAUGAUGUUUGCAA